ACAGCCCAGGACUAGAAGCCCAGCAGAGGCAAAGCUGCAGCCAUGAAGUUUUGGAUUGUACUGCUGGGGGCAACCCUGCUGGCAGGUAAAUGGCUCGUUCAGUUCAUCUCCCCCAUCAGGGCAGGGUUGGAAACUCCCCUUCUGGUGUUGAUCAGGAGUAACGUCAUUGGAGUCAUGGGGACUGGUUCCCUUUUCACGCACCAUGGUGUAAAUCAGCAGUGUGACCCAAAAAAAGAAAAGGAGGACUUGUGGCACCUUAGAGACUAACAAAUUUAUUUGAGCAUAAGCUUCCGUGAGCUACAGCUCACUUCAUCGGAUGUGACCCAGUGGGUAGGGGUCCUGCCUGGGGACUCCUGAGUUCUGUCCCCAGCUCUGGGCGGGGAGUGGGGUCUGGUGGGUUAGUGCUGGAAGCCAGGAGUCCUGGGUUCUAUCCCUAGCUCUGCUACUGACUUGCCCAUGACCCUGGAUGAGUCACUUAGGCUUUGCCUUCACUGUCAAAAGCAGGUGUUUUUUCCAAUGGGAGAACCAACCCAUGUUAGCUAUUACUACCAACUGUUACCACCACGCAGUAAAGGCCAAGCUAAGACUGUAAUUUUACCAUGAAGUCAACCAGCAGCAGGGUGCAGCGCUGACCUGCCUAGCUACCUUCCGGUAAACAGUCCAGGUGCCUUGUCUCCAACAGGAUUGUACAGCAGGCUGGUGAUCCCUCAUUUGUGUUAGUUAUUGCACUGCAAAAACACCACCUUUUGCUGUGAAGACAACCUCACACAACUUGUCUGGUAAACCCUUUCGGGGAGGGACUGUCUCCUACUGUGUGUUUUGUACAAUGCCUGGCACAACGAGGCCCCCGAUCUCGGUGGGGGUCUGUGCAGCGCCCGGCAUGACAGGGCCCCCGAUCUUGGUGGGGGUCUGUGCAGCGCCAGGCAUGACAGGGCCCCCGAUCUCGGUGGGGGUCUAUGCAGAGCCUGGCACGACGAGGCCCCCAAUCUCGGUGGGGGUCUGUGCAGCGCCCGGCAUGACAGGGCCCCCGAUCUUGGUGGGGGUCUGUGCAGCGCCAGGCAUGACGGGGCCCUGAUCUCAGUCAGUCUGUGCAGGGCCGGCAAGGAAUAUGACACUGGGCUAGAUGGGCACCGGGUCUGACCCCCUGUGUGGCUCCAGGGCCGCAAUGGCCUGGGUUACACAGGAGGUCAGACUCGACUCUUUACCUGCAAACUCUGCCCCUCCAGGCUGCCAGGCCAACCCGCUUGUCCAGGAUGAGCCCAAGACUAAGUGGGAAGAGGCUGUGAAGGUCUUCUGGAACUACCUUUCCAAGGUGGGACACGCCGCAGACAAUGUGACCGCCCAGAUCAAGAGCUCCCAGCUCAGCAAGGAACUGGACGGGCUGAUCACCGACACCAUGGCUGAAGUGGGGGUGUACACAGAAGAGCUGCGGGCCCGGUUUGGCCCCUACGCCCAGGAGGCCCAGCAGCGCCUGGGCAGCGAGGUAGCGGCGCUGACAGGGAAGCUGCGGGCCGACAUGGAGGAGGCCAAGGGCCGGGUGGUGCAGUACGCGGGCGACGUGCGCUUGAUGUUCGACCAAAACCUGGAGGAGGUGCGGGCCCGAGUCGGCAUGUACCUGCGCAAGCUGCGCAAGCGUCUGGGCAAAGAUGCUGAGGAGCUGCGCCGCAAGAUGGCCGCCUAUGCCAGCGAGGUGCAGGCCCGCACCGACCAGCGGGUGGACGCCGUGCGCCAGGGCCUGCAGCCCCUAAUCGACAGCAUCCGUGACAAGGGACAGCAGCGUCUGGGAGCCCUGAGCCAGGCCAUGGGUGAGCAGAGCCAGAAGGUGCAUGAUAGCCUGGGCACCCGGGCCCAGGAGCUGCAGGGGCACCUGCAGGAGAAGGCUGAGGAGGUGCGGGGCUCCCUAGACCAGGCUGCUGAGCAGGUCCGCCAGUGGUUUGCACCCUUCCUGCAGGAUGUCAGUGCCCAGUUACAGGCCCUGGUGGAGAAGCUGCAAGGGAAACUCCAGCUGUAACAGCCCCUGCUCACCCCACGCUGUGGCCCCCCAACAGCCCAGAGCCCUGGCAAUCCAGGGGCCUGCAUUCCCAGGUCCCCCACAGUACAGCCCUGCCCACUGAUACCAAGCUAGCUGCGGAGGUGUGUGACUCCCGGAGCAAACAGGCAUGAGUCACUUCACCUGCUAAGCCUGCUCCAGACCUCCCGCAGGGGCCCAGUUCUUCAUUGCCCCUGUGCAUGAACCCCAGUGCAUAGACAUUGCCACUCCGACCCUGCAUUCACACUUGGGACUGGUGGAAAUGAUGCCAUGAGACUCAGGGCAACCAUGAAUCUGGCCCUGAGCUGCGUUUGUGCACGUCCUGGAGACGUGAGAGGGGAUAACCUCUGCCCAUCCCAUUCUCCCCUCUCUAACCACAGCUGAAUCUGAUGCCCCUAUCCCAUCCCCACUGUUAGAUCUCCUGUGUUCACCAAUGCUUUCAACUGUAACUAAAUAAAUUCUUGCUUUGGGCACAAGAUA